AUGGAAAAAUCCAAAAAUUUCCGCAUCGACGCGCUGCUGGCUGUCGACCCCCCCAAGGCGGCGGCGGCGGGGCAGAGCGCGCCGCUGGCCCUGGUCACCUCGCUGGGCGGCAGCGGCAGUAGCAGCAGCGGGAGCGGCAGCCCCCCGUCCUCCUCCUCCUCCUCGUCCUCCUCCGAGCACCCCGCCGGCGGCCCCGCCGACUGCCUGCGCACCGACAGCCCCUCUCCGCCGCGCCUCCUGGCCGCCCACUGCGCCCUGGUCCCCAAACCCGGCUUCUUGCCCGGUUCCGGCGCCGGCGCCCACCCGCAUCACCACGCCUCGGCGGCCGGCAUGGCCCUGGGACUGCACCCCGCGGCGCCCGGCGGGCCGGGCAUGCCGGCGCAGGCGGCCCUCUACGGGCAUCCCGUGUACGGCUACUCGGCGCUGGGCGGGCAGCACCCGGCCCUCUCCUACUCCUACUCGCAAGUGCAGGGAGCGCACCCAUCCCACCCCGCCGCCGACCCCAUCAAGCUCAGCGCCGGCACCUUCCAGCUGGACCAGUGGCUGCGGGCCUCCACCGCCGGCAUGAUCCUGCCCAAAAUGCCCGACUUCAACUCCCAGGCGCAGUCCAACCUGCUGGGGAAGUGCCGCCGGCCCCGCACGGCCUUCACCAGCCAGCAGCUGCUGGAGCUGGAGCACCAGUUCAAGCUCAACAAGUACCUCUCCCGGCCCAAGCGCUUCGAGGUGGCCACGUCGCUGAUGCUCACCGAGACGCAGGUGAAGAUCUGGUUCCAGAACCGGCGCAUGAAGUGGAAGCGCAGCAAGAAGGCGAAGGAGCAGGCGGCGCAGGAGGCCGAGAAGCAGAAGGGGGGCGGCGGGGAGGACAAGGGGGAUGAGGACCUGCUGCUGCCCGCCCCGGAGAAGAGCGGCGGGAGGAGGAUGCGGGAGCUGCCCGACAGCGAACCCGAGGACGAUGAGGAGGAGGAGGAAGAGGAAGAGGCGGCGGCCGGGCGGUGCUGCCCCUACCACUCCUCCGACUGCUCCGAGGCGGACGAGGAGGACACGCAGCCCCGGGGCCGGCACGGAGCCCCGGCGCAGCCCCAGUGA